AUCCUAAAUUCUCUUAUUUCAUAUACUUCAAAAAAAAACAAUAUCAUAUUGAUGCCAUAUUUUUUUCUUUUACAUGGCUAUGGUUUGGUUUCUAUUGCCAUAUUUUUUUACGUUGCUUCUUCAAUUCCCUUCCUACACUUUCUCAUUAUGCAAACAUCAUGAUAGCUCUGCCUUGCUUCAAUUCAAAAACUCACUUUCUCUCAACAAUCAAUCACAAGGGUAUUGGUAUUGGAUUCCUAGUACCUCUUUUUCUUCCAAGACUGAAACUUGGAUAAAUGGUACAGAUUGUUGUAAGUGGGGUGGGGUCACGUGCCAUCCUAUGUCGGGUCACGUGAUUGGUCUAGACCUUAGCUGCUCUAAUCUUGAAGGUGGAGAUAUUCCCUCCACAAUCUCUCACUUGUCAAAAUUAGUGUCACUUGAUCUCAGUGCUGAUUGGAGAGUACCUAAUUAUCUUGGCUCCAUGUACUUGAGAAUGAGACUUGAUCCACUCACAUGGAACAAACUCAUUCAUAAUGCAACAAGUUUAAGGGAGCUUUGUUUGGAUGCUGUAGACAUGUCUUCAAUAGGAUUGAGCUCUUUCUCAUUGCUAAGGAACUUUUCAUCCUCUUUGGUCACUCUUAGUCUUCAAGUAACCCAAUUGCAAGGUAAUUUGCCAAGUGACAUAUUCUUUUUACCCAACCUUCAAAAACUAAGUUUGUUUUAUAAUCAAGGCCUAAAUGGUGAACUUCCAAAGUACAAUUGGUCCACUCCCCUAAGGUACUUGGAUCUCUCUUACACCACUUUUUCAGGAGAAAUUCCUGAUUCCAUAGGGCACUUGAAGCCUCUUAACAUCCUAAAUCUCAUGUUAUGCCAAUUUGAUGGACCGAUUCCUCUAUCUUUGUGGAACCUAACUCAACUAAGAUUUCUAAUCCUCAGACGUAACAACCUUAACGGUGAGAUCCCAUCAUUAAUUUCAAACCUUAAACAUCUCACUUUCUUUGAUCUUUCAUAUAAUAAUUUUAGUGGUAGCAUCCCAGACGUGUUUGGCAACUUCACCAAAUUAGAAAAUCUGACUUUUUCCAAUAACAAACUAAGUGGUCUAAUUCCAUCAUCAUUGUUUCAUCUACCUCAACUUGCUGAUUUAAUUUUAGAUUCUAAUAACUUAGUAGGCCCGAUUCCAAGUAAAAUCACUGAACGUUCAAAGUUAAGAGCAGUAUCUUUGUUUGAUAACAUGGUAAAUGGAACCAUCCCGAAUUGGUGUUAUUCUUUGCCUUCGUUGUCAACCUUGAUUCUUGAUAACAACCAGCUCACAGGGUCAAUCAGUGGAUUUUCAAAUUCUUCAUUGGAAAUUUUGUAUCUCUCUCGUAACAAACUUCAAGGGAAUUUUCCAAAUUCAAUAUUUGAACUCAAAAGUCUUACUCAACUAUCUUUGUCAUCAACUGACUUGAGUGGUGUAGUGAACUUCCACCAAUUUUCAAAGCUUAAAAAUCUAGAAGCGCUCGAUCUUUCAAGAAACGGUUUUCUGAAUAUCAGCAUCGAUGACAGUAUUGACUACAGCAUACCCACACUUGACAGAUUAUAUUUAUCUUUCUGUAAUAUUAAUAGAUUUCCUCAAUUCUUAGCACAGCUUCCAAAUCUGAAAACAAUAGAUCUUUCUCAUAACAAAAUUCAUGGAAACAUUCCCAAAUGGUUUCAUGAGAAGCUCUUGCACUCGUGGAAGAACAUUCUGUAUAUUGAUCUCAGUUUCAACCAGUUGCAAGGAGAUCUUCCGAUCCUUCCCAAUGUCACUCAAUUCUUUUCAGUCUCGAAUAACAACUUCACUGGAGACAUUCCUUCAACAGUAUGCCGUGUAAGCUUCCUCAUUGUACUCAACUUGGCUCACAACAAUUUAACAGGCUUGAUUCCAGAAUGCCUAGGAACACUUGGCUUUCUCAAGGUAUUGGAUUUGCAAAUGAACAACUUUUAUGGAAGAAUACCCAGAAACUUUUGUGAAGGAAAUGCGUUGGAGACUAUAAAAUUGAAUGGCAACCAAUUGGAAGGAACAUUUCCAGAGUCUUUGGUGCACUGCACAUAUCUUGAAGUUUUGGACCUUGCAGACAAUUACAUAGAGGAUACAUUUCCCAGUUGGCUAGAAACUCAGCAAGAGUUACAGGUUCUCAGUUUACGAUCAAAUAAACUUCAUGGUGUAAUUGCUAGUUUAAAUGCCAAGAAUCCAUUUCCCAAGUUGAAGAUUUUUGAUGUCUCCAAUAACAAUUUUAGUGGCCCCUUGCCAGCUUCAUACAUCAAGAACUUUCAGGGAAUGAUGAUUGGGAAUGAAGGCCAAACUGGUUUGAAAUAUGUGAGUCACAACGGUUCAUAUAACUAUAAUGAAUCUGUAGUGAUCAUCAUGAAAGGUCAAACUGAAGAGCUAGUGAGGAUAUUAACUACUUUCACAGCUAUUGAUUUGUCAAAGAACAUGUUUGAAGGAGAAAUUCCAAAAGUCGUUGGAGAUUUAACAUCUCUUAAAGGACUUAAUCUUUCGCACAACAGAAUCACUGGUACCGUUCCACAAUCCUUGGGUAAUUUAAGAAAUUUGGAAUGGUUGGACCUCUCAUGGAACCAGUUGAUAGGAGAGAUUCCUAUAGCUUUGACAAAUUUGAAUUUUCUCUCAUUUUUGAACCUUUCACAGAACCAGUUUGAGGGAAUCAUACCAACAGGUAGACAGUUUAAUACAUUUGAAAAUGAUUCCUAUGGAGGAAAUCCAAUGCUAUGCGGAAUUCCUUUGUCAAAAUCCUGCAAUAAUGAUGAAAAAUUGCCACCACAUUCAACUUUUGACCAUCAAGAAUCAGGAUUUGGCUGGAAACCCGUGGUAAUGGGAUAUGCAAGUGGUGUAGUAUUUGGACUGCUCUUGGGAUAUAAGGUAUUCUUGACUGGGAAACCACAAUGCCUUGCGAGAUAUGCUGAAGGUGUGACUAAUCGAAGAGUGCAAAGGAAAAACGACAACAGAGCCCGUGCAAAUCGUAGAGGAAUAAGUUAGGUCAAUAUGGUUCCUUUUUAAGUGUGUAUUUAUGUAUUAGUGUAUGUGUGUGAUUUUUCUGUAAUUUUAACUUCUGUGUUUGUGGAAUGAAAUAUCAUCUCUCAAUAGGAGCAAUAUCAACAGAGUACAUAUAAUUAGUCAUCAACUGCUUUCGUUUUAAG